CGAAAGAAGACGCACGUGCCCGGUGUGAACGCUGUAAUGUUUCGCGAAGCCGUGUACUGAGUAAAGUUUUUCGGUGAAGUACGUUCGGAUUGAUAAGAAUUGCCGUGCUAGCUGCUGAUUAAACACCGUGGUUCGUGACGCAUCCCAAAACAGCUGCUAGACCACCGACAACAGCAUCAAAAACAUACGUACCUCCUUCUGCGGGCUGCGUAAGGAUAGUGUAUCGCACCUUUGGGGGCUUUUUGGUCCUUUCUGCCUACCUGGUACCGUUUUGCCGGCUUAAACGCGUGAAAAAGGGCUUGGCUUGCAGGCGCGGCAAAAGUCCCGUUGAUUUCGUCGGUUGUGUACCCGCGGGUAUGUGCGUUUUGAUUAGCACAAUUUCGGUGCUCGUUCGAUAGCGAUCCAGCAGUGAAAAGUGUACAAUUCUCGGAAUAGCUAGUGAAGGUUAGUGUCGUUAGUCCGCGGGAUUGAUUGUCGGUUUUAAUUGGCUAAAAUGUGAAAAUGAUUGGUCGCUCGAUCGGCAAGUGAUUGUGAUUGCGCAAAGGCAAACGGGGGUUCGUAAACGCUCGAUCCGCGGUGAUCAAUCAUCCGUUACUCAUCUCGAGCCGCGUCGCGACUGUGCUUACCAGCAGCCCAGCAUCAUCAGCAACAGGCCCAGAUCAAUAGCCUCCUGAGGCGGUAGUACGUGACUCUGACUGCUGUGCGCGGUGAACAGGCAAUCAAAGACGCCAUCGUACACGGUUCUCGAUGUGAGUAGUGAGAACGUGAACGCCGAUGGCCGAUUUCCGGGGAUAUUAGCAUUCCGUUCGCUCAAUCCGCGAGUCAAGUGACGUAGUUGGAGGAAGGAAGGAAGGACGAAACCGAAUCGUUCUUUUCUUCUUUUGGGCGGCGCGGAAUUGUGCGUUGUUUAGACCGUGCGCGAGUGCAUUUCGUGGUGAUAGUUGUUCUUCUUCGAGGCUACGAGCCGAGUGUCAGUUUCCGGUGCGUAAAAGAGGUGGUGCGAUAGUGAAGGUGCGCGAUAGUGCUGUAAAAGAGUGUGGAUGAGUAGUGCCCCCGCCCGGAAGUAGAAGAAAGGAAGGAGAGUUACUAGGGAAAAGGGAUCAAAAAGUGGUGAGCCCCAAAGCGAGGAGCAACCGCGAGUCAAUUAUUCAUUGCCAUUCGAGGAUCCGAAUGGUAAACCGGCAGUGUCCCGUUUAGUAUCGGUGUUGAGUGUGCAAGUGCCGUAAGUUGUUUUACCGUCACGCACUAGUUGGCGAGUUUUUGGGGUAAAAAUAGAGAGCAAGCGAAAAUCGUAGCAAGCUGUGUGUGUUUGCGCUAGUGGAAGCGGAAAGCUCAUCGACCCCCGGGAAGCGGUGACAUCGCGAGUCGCGUGAAGGGUACUUUCCGGUCUCGGGGAUUCUAUUUACCAACCCCAUUGUGCGUGCGUGAGUGCGUUUCAGUGUGUGUGUGUGCGUGUGUGUAUGUGUGCUUACCCAACCCUUACCGGGGGAGUAGGUGGUGUGGUUGGAGAACAUCCUCGUUAAAGCUGGGGAUGCUUUAUCGAUCCAAGUGCCAGUGGAGCUGCCGGCGGGGAUCAUCCUGCAACUGACAACACACACCACGCUGCCUAUCUGCCUGGUGACAUCGCAUCGUUUGGUGGCCGCAAAGAAGGAGAGAGCCCGCCAAGGAGAGAAGAAUAGCGACGCAACAAUUGCAUCGAGCAGCCGACGCCACGGUGCAGAGCGAUCCUCUAAGGAUGGAAUAAGUUUGCCUUGAGGGAACCGAGCGAACGUUGCUGCACUGCUGCACCCCACGCGAUACGACGAUGCGAACGAGAAGCAUGCUGUCGCUCCUAACCGAACAACGGUGCCGGCAAACGGAACAUCAACACCAGCGACAGCAGCAGCAGCAGCCUGAGCAGCAGCAGCAACAUCAACAUCAUCACCAUCAUAACCACUGCCGCGAGUGUUUGUAGUGUGCAUUGGAGACCGACGACAACGGUGACUACGGGACAGGACGAUCCACGUUGAAAGACGCUGACGCUGAGAAGCGAGCAUUCUUCUGAGCCACCAGCAGCAAUAGUAAAGCUGCGGGAUUCGACGAACGAUGAGCAUGUGUAUGCGACGGUUUUGUUUGCAAGAGACUAGCAGCAGCAGCACCAGCACCAAGGCAGCGAGCUGAAGCGCCUCGAGGAUUUGAAAGGAAUAAAUAGAAGCAAAGAAUCCGUGUCAACCGAUUCUUAGUUUGUUUGCGCAAUAGUGCAGUGUGGAGGACUUGGGAAGCAAUCGAAAGCGUGCGUGAUACUAGUAGUACCCCCGUCGUCUACGGUGUGAGCUGCCGACGAGAAGAGUGGUUCAUUUUGUGCCGGCCGGUAGUAGUUGACGACGCGAAGAGAACGAACACAGCACAUCAUCAUGUGUUGUAACAACGAAUACAGUGUGCGAACGAGAGCGAGGCGAAGGAGGAGGUGUAGUAGUAGUAGUAGUAUUAGCAAUAGUAGUAAUGCAAAGAGCUGCCAAAG